CAAGUGAGAAGCUACAUUGAGUCCUCUGGAGGAUGGGUUUGCCAGACCAGGCUCGCUCUGUCUCUUGCAAAAUGGAGCAAAGGGAGAUUCUGCUGCAAAACCUGGAAAGGGCCCAAAGCAAGAAGCUCGACCAAGAAGCAUUUGUAGACGAGUUUUUGAAGCUGAAAAAGCAGUCAACAAAGUACAGAUUGGAUAAAACCUACCCUACAGCGGCCUCUGAGCAACCAGAAAACAUCAAGAAAAACAGAUACAAGGACAUAUUACCCUUUGACCACAGCAGAGUGGAGCUGUCUCUGAUCACAUCCGAUGCAGAUUCUCAUUACAUCAAUGCCAACUUCAUCAAGGGUGUCUAUGGGCCAAGAGCGUAUAUUGCAACCCAGGGUCCUCUCUCCACUACUGUCAUUGACUUCUGGAGGAUGAUUUGGGAGUAUGAAGUCCUGAUUGUGGUCAUGGCUUGUAUGGAGUUUGAAAUGGGAAAGAAAAAAUGUGAGCGGUACUGGGCAGAGGAGGGUGGCUGUUCCCUGCAGUGCGGCCCUUUCUCCAUCACCUGUGAAGCUGAAGACAAGAAAAAUGAAUAUGUGAUUCGGACUUUAAAGGUGGCCCUGAAUGAAGAAAUCCGCACCAUCUAUCAUUUCCACUAUACAAACUGGCCAGACCAUGAUGUUCCCUCUUCCAUUGAUCCCAUUUUGGAGCUCGUCUGUGAGGUUCGUUGCUACCAGCCCGAUGACAACGUUCCUCUGUGCAUCCACUGCAGUGCCGGGUGUGGGAGAACAGGGGUCAUCUGUGCUAUUGACUACACCCAAAAGCUACUGAAGGAUGGAAUUGUUCCAGUGAACUUCAGUAUUUUCGGUCUGAUUCAGGAAAUGCGCACACAAAGGCCUUCAAUUGUGCAAACCAAGGAGCAGUAUGAGCUGGUUUAUGACGCUGUGAUUGAACUCCUGAAAAGGCAGAUUAAAGCAUUUGACGACCAAGAAUAUUCUGCUGCUUCGCAGAUGCAAACCAAGCAUCUUGCAGCAAAGCCACUUCUGACUCCAGUGGAAGAAAUUUAUUCACAGAGAUUACCAGACUGCUCAGGGCAAGAGGAGCAGGAUGUACAGCAACGUUAUCCUCCUAUAGCGCAAAGCGAAGCGUCCGUGACAUCGUUGUCUACCGCAGGUUUACACGACAGCUUUGGGCAUGGAGGCCCUCACAUUAGACCAGCCAUUUCCUUUGGGACUUUGAACUUCAGCAACAGUGGGAAGGCAGUUGCUGCUGAAAAGUGGGGCCCGGGGGAAGCUCUCCAGAAACACCAUAGCGUGGAGUUCAACAGCAUCUCUUCUGAGCAGCUGCUGCUCAACCUGAAACCCGAGGGGGUAGGCAGGAGAUGGCCUCAUGACAGAGCGCCUCUGACACGGACUAAAUCUACCCCUUUCGUGCUCGCGCAGCAGAGCGAAGCCCAGAAAUGGGAUGGAGGGGCUAUAAAGCCUGUUUUGAGUUCGCAGUUGCCAAAAGCCUGUUAUUCAAGCUCUCAGGUAAAGAAACGGGAUAGAUUUUCCUUUGUUGAGACGAACCACUCAAGCAGAGCAGAGGACUGCCCCUCAAGACAGCAGAACAGGAGGCAGUGCUCCCAUCCUUACCCUUGUUCAGCAGAAGACCCUUACUUCUCAUCACUUUCUUUAGAUGAUCUCACAGCCCCACUGUUUACUGAGUGCUUUGCAGAGGCGUCUGAUGCAGCUUUUCCUACUUGCGCUGUGCCUGCCCCAGCACAGCCCCCCUUGACCAGCCCCCCAGCAGCCAGGCCUGUGUCCCAGCACGCUCCAGCGUGGAACCACAAGAGGAUGUCCUCGCUCGGUAAUUUGUCCAUGUCUCUUCAAUCAGCCCCCUUGCCACAGCCGGAUGAUGGUGAUGAUGAUGAUGAUGAUCCCCCCCCUCUGCCCGAGCGAACCCCAGAGUCCUUUAUUGUGGCCGGUGAACCAGGGGAAUUUGCUCCGGCAGCUUCUGAUUUUCAGCCCCCAGCCAGAAAUAAAAAUAUCGGAGCCUCUCUGGAGUGGAGUGGUGCAUCUUGCUCAGAGGUUUCUAAUGACUCAGUGAGACUGAGACCUUCUAUGAGUGUGAAGGUCUGGAGCUGCCAAUCAGAGAUAAGUAGGGAUCGCUCUAACUCCCCUCCUCCGCUUCCUGAAAGAACCCCGGAAUCAUUUGUUCUUGCUGACGCAGGCAGUCUGCAGCCCGCUGCAAGGAAUUCCACAAGCGGUCCUUGGGAGCCGGGCAAUAAAGCUUCUGAAAUGCCAUCCAAAGAGCCUAUGGUGUGCUUCAGGAGAAGCAAGAGCUUGAAAAUAUUGAAAAAUGUGAAAAAAAGUAUUUGUAGCCCAUCUUCAAAGACAAAACCACCAGAAUCUGCCCCAUCAAACCAUUCAAGCUCUUUUCUUAAUUUUGGCUUUGCAACUCGAUUUUCAAAACCUAAAGGACCAAGAAAUCCACCAACAACAUGGAAUCUUUAGACAAACUGUAUAGAUUCUGUUGCAGAUUUGAGAGGUGUCCUUCUGGCAUGCCUUGAGUGCUCUUCCAAAUAAGAAUUUUCACCAGAUUAAGCAAAUCAGAGUGUUGCA